ACACAAUAACUGUCAGCCUGCAUUUCUUCGGAAGAAUAAGAUUUGAGAUGCUAGAUUUUUCAAGAACGCUUGAGUUUUUUAAUUACAGAAACAUGAAUUCAGUCUUGAUGUGCAAAUCAACAGACCAAGACAUGGGCUCAAUGGCAGGAGGCAGGAGCAGGUCAAGGUCUUACUCCUGCUACAGUCCAGAUGACAGUAAGAACUAUGGCGGGCAGACACAGACAGAGGAAACCUUUCUAAGACCACGCUCCAGGUCCUUUUACUGCAUUGAGACGUCAGAGCUUGACCUCGGUUUUGACGUGGGGAACUUUACAAGGUCCAGUCCACUGAGGCAGAGGGCGAGCUCCCUACACCAGUAUCAAGGAAACAAAAAGGAAAAGAAAGAAGGGAAUGGGGCUGGUGUUCGAAUAACCUCUAAGAAGUCCAAGUCUAAACCAAACAAGCACUCAUCAACAAGAGCGCCUAAUGGCAGCAAAGGCAAUCUCAAGUCAGAGUCCAUGAUGACUAUCUCUGAGUCGGACAACUGGGAAAUUUGCUCCAGCUCGGGGAUGAAGUAUGGACAGUUUGUAGACUGGGAGAAGAUUGACCCUGAAGCUGCAAAAAGAUACCAGCAGAUCCUGCAGAGUGAUCACCAGCAGCUGAAAACUAUGGGCCGAGAGGGAUUCUGGGCCAUGCCCCAUACACUAAGGGCCAAAGCAUACUAUCACAUCAUCCGCAGCAUCAAUUCCAGGUCCGUCGCUCCAGACAGAGAUGUCCAUAAUGAACUAGCCAAGAAGAUCUUUGGAGAACAGAAAAUCAGCACCCAUCCAGUUCCAGAGUACAUGGAGGCAGGAGAAAUACCCAGAUACUGUCUCAACAAAGCAGGCAUGAACUCCGUUAAAAAGAUCCUGCUUUGCCUUGGCAAAUGCUUCCCAGAAAUGAACUUCUGCCCCAUCCUGCCGGCAUUGGUCUCCCUCAUCCUCCACUUCAGUGAGGAUGAAGCUGAAUGUUUCUACAGUGUGUCCCGACUUAUAUGCUACAAGGACCCCAACAAGCGUUACAUCGACCUGACCUUUCUCACCUACCGUGCUUCCUGUAUGACCUUUGGGGACCUUGCUAAUAGGUGUUGCCGAGGCAUUCGUAAGCUGAUCGCCAGCUCUCACCAGAACCUCUUUGAUUUUUACUCUGACUGGAUCAUGUGGAUAUUCGCUGACCUUCCCUUCACAUAUGCUAUCAGAGUGCUGGAUGUCUACAUAUUGGAGGGCUAUAAGGUACUCUACAGAGUGGCUUUGGCUUUGCUCAGCCUCUACAAAGUAUCUGUGUCAUCUCGAGUGGCAGACGUAGAGGACUUCAGAACCGAUAUGAAAAGGUUUGUGCAGAGUGUAGCUCGCCACUGUACAGCUGAGAAACUUCUGGAGAGGGCCUUCAUGAUUCCGAUUGCCACGCGGCGAGAGCUCAACCUCUUGUUCAAUGCCAAUAAGGACUCCCUUAUUCAAAAAGGUGUCAGCACGCACCAGAAGUGGCAGUCAGUUGAGACGGUGGACUUUACCAACUUCACCUCUAGUGUUGUGACAGGGACUGAGAUGAGAGUCGUCUGGGCCUGGAUACCUGAGCGCUUUGCCCUUUUUAGCCCCAUUAGUCUGUAUAAUACAGCUGAACACGGGAGAAGCUUUGCUUCAUUCUAUUCACAUGUGGAGGGACACGAACCAGCGGUUUUGAUGAUCAAAACUGCGGAUGAAGAGGUCUUUGGUGCCUUUCUGUCAACAGAUGUGAUAGAAAGGAAAAAGCAUGAGUCUGAGGGACUGACAUAUUUUGGAACUGGGGAAUGUUUUGUUUUCACACUUCGUCCCAGCAUGGAGCGCUACCAGCAGGCUAUGGUCAACAUAAUGACCAGAAGAGCUUCCCCUCAGCAGGAUCAAGACAGCAGCUGUGAUUACUCCCUGCACACCACUACUACAAUUCUGGUGCCCCAGGACCCCAGCUACCUAACGGUUCCGAUCACUGUCCCAUCAGAGGGACCCAUGACUGCCAAAGAGCCAAAGAGACCCAAGGAACCCGAAGCCUCCAUGUUCAUAGCAGGCAGUGACAGUCAGCUCAUAAUCGGUGGUGAUGGAGGUCACGCACUCUGCCUACAGGAAGACCUAGAGUGGGGAUACUCAGAGCCUUGUGACACAUUCAAGAGCAUCCCGCUUUACAAGGGAAAUUUCAAGAUCCAGGCCCUGGAAGUGUGGGGCAUCCAGAAUUCUAUUUCCUUUGCAGCUUUGUAACUUUGAAUCUUUUGGUAAACACGGAAGCAGAUGCUCAUCGCGCUCUUUCAAUGGACUUAAUUUAUAUGUAAAUUUCAAAUAUUUAUUUUGUGAAAUGCACAAGUGAGAUUUUACUUGAAUUGUGGUCGACAUGUCAUGCCAAGUUUAUUUGUAUAGCUAUUUAUAUCACAUACAUUGUCUUACUGGAUUUACAAACCCACAAUCAGGAUAGUUCUCUAAAAACAUAGGUAAAAUAUACACACACAAAACAAACUCUAAGCAGCUUAUCAUGGAAGGGUGAAUGUUAUCA